UACGCACAUCCCCACUCUCCGCUAAAGAUGUGAAAAUGGCGGAGCUACAAAUGCUUCUGGAGGAGGAGAUCCCAGCGGGACGAAGCGCGCUACUGGACAGCUUCACUAAUCUGGAGAGGGUCGCGGAAUACUGCGAGAGCAACUAUGUCCAGUCCCCAGACAAGCAGAGGGCGCUGGAGGAGACCAAAAACUACACUACCCAGUCUCUGGCCAGCGUAGCCUACCUGAUCAACACACUAGCCAACAAUGUCCUGCAGAUGUUGGACAUCCAGGCGUCGCAGCUCCGCCGCAUGGAGUCGUCCAUCAACCACAUCUCACAGACGGUGGACAUCCACAAAGAGAAGGUGGCCCGGCGGGAGAUCGGCAUCCUCACCACCAACAAGAACACGUCCCGCACGCACAAGAUCAUCGCCCCCGCCAACCCCGAGAGGCCCGUACGCUACAUCCGCAAGCCCAUCGACUACAGCCUGCUGGACGACAUGGGCCACGGAGUCAAGUGGUUGCAAAGGUUUAAGGCCAGCGCUCAGAACAUGAAGGCCGGAGGAGGAGGAGGAGGCGGAGGAGGAGGCGGCAUACUCCCCCGCACUAACCCUCCCACACAGAAGCCCCCCAGCCCCCCCAUGACAGGGAAAGGGACCCUUGGGCGCCACUCCCCCUAUAGGACGCUCGAGCCGGUGCGUCCGCCCGUUGUCCCUAACGACUACGUCUCAAGCCCGACGCGCAACCCGGCGCCCCCCCAGCAGAGCCCUGCACGCACUGCAUCCGUUAAUCAGAGGAACCGCACGUACAGCAGCAGUGGGAGCAGCGGAGGGAGUCACCCCAGCAGCAGUCGCAGCAGCAGCCGAGAGAACAGCGGCUCCGGCAGCGUCGGCGUCCCCAUCGCCGUGCCGACGCCGGCCCCGCCCACCGCCUUCCCAGCCCCCAAUGCUCCGUCCAACUCCACUAAACCUCCCCCCAACACUGCCACCACCCCCGGGCCCCCUUCCUCCGCCCUAGACGGGCCCCCGCCGGCCCCCAACGUCGUCCCCGUAGAGAUCCCGCCUGUGCCCCCGCCCCCUCCCCAGCUCCCCGCCUCCACAGCCCCCACCGGCACAGGCCCCGCCGCUUACAGCAACCCUGCACAAGGUGCACCCCAGUUCUACAGCAUGAACCGCCCCGUGCAGCCCCCCCACAACUCUCAGGUGGUGGGGGGCUCCCUGCCCUACCGCCGGCCCUCGUCCGUCACCGGGCAGCCCAGCGCGGUGCACAACCAGAGCCAGCUCAACGGGGGGCCACACUUCGCCCAGAGCCAAGGCCCACUCGCGCCCCCUCCCCCCGCCAUGCAGAUCACCCCCCAGCUGCCUCUCAUGGGCUUCGUGGCCCGAGUUCAGGAGACUAUCUCAGACGUGCCGCCUCCACCUCCGCCCGCCGAGGAGCCGGUGUUUGAGGAGCCCACGCCUCCGCCGCCUCCGCCCGAGGACUACGAGGACGAGGAGGACGAGGAGGAGUCGGCGGUGGUGGAGUACAGCGACCCCUACGCCGAGGAGGACCCCCCCUGGGCCCCACGCAGCUACCUGGAGAAAGUGGUGGCCAUCUACGACUACACCCGGGACAAAGAAGACGAGCUCUCCUUCCAGGAGGGCGCCAUCAUCUACGUGAUCAAGAAGAACGACGACGGCUGGUACGAGGGCGUGAUGAACGGCACCACCGGCCUCUUCCCCGGCAACUACGUCGAGUCCAUCAUGCACUACGCCGACUGAACACACCUCCUCCUCCCCCCUCCUCCUCCUCCCCACCCCCCCACCCCCCCCUGGAAGGGAAGGAAGGGGGAGGGUCAGGGUUAAAGGUCAGAGACUUUGAUCAGACAGAGCAUGAUCACCUCCGAGGGGGAAGAUGUUUUUAAAGAAGGUGCGACGUGACAAACUGUAAAACAACCACUACUCUAGAUUUGUCCUUCCCUCUAGUAUCUCUUCAUUUGACCGGACUGGACGCUGAUGGAUCCGUUUGUUACUCGAUGAAGCCACUACACUCAUUUCUUUUCUUGUUUUUUUUUCGUUUUUUUUACCAGUUUGCCCUUAUUUAUUUGUAGCGGUGGUGGACGAAGGGCUGGAGGAAAAAAUGCCUUCAGGUGCACGUGAUCUCCUCGACACUCCAGAGAGAAGUUUAUAUCCUCGGUGGAGGGUUUAUAGGGAGUUUAUCGGGAGUUUGCCAAAGCCAAGAUAAAGCACAUCAACUGUCUUAACGCGGCGGGAGUUCCCCUAGAGUGCUUUACGUUAACACUUUGUGCGGUUUAUUUGAGUAAUUUUUUUUUUAUUAUUAUUUCCGGGUGAAGGAUAAGAGAUAAGAGCGGCUCCUGUUACAGUAGAAGUAUAUUUAUGGCUGGCGAGGCUCAUCAACGGUUUAUUACUUCUGUUUUUUUUUUGUUUUUUUGGCUCAGAGGGGAUUUUAGCUUGCAGAGCAUCGACCUGCAUGUUUCAACGAGGAAAACAUUUAAUUUCUCUUCUACUGAUGAUUAAUUAAUGUCUUAAUACUUUUAGAUAUGGUGUGGUUUGGUUUUUGAUAUUCGCCCACUACUACUACUACUACUACUACUAUUACUAGUACUACUACUUCUACUUCUACUUCCACGACGAUGGUGAUGAUGCAUUUAGGUCAUUUCUAAGACGCUUGUGCCAUAUUGAAGUGUGUGUCGCUGUUCAGAGGUUAUCACUUCGUUCGCAAUAAAUUGGCCAGAGUGGGGUGGACUCUCAUUAAGCUACAAAUUCUGUUUGUCCCCCCCCUCCCUCCCUCCCUCCUCUCCCCCUGAGUUGGUUUUAAAUCAAAAGCACAUAACAUUUGUAGUUUACAAAAGAAAAAGUUAUUUAAAAAAAAAAAAAAGGUGUAGACGAAGAAAUCAUAUAAAUGUGAGAUGUAUUAUGUCCUCGGAUUAGGACUUAUUGAAUAUGAAAAGAAGCCAGCUGUUGUGUUGAAAUGGUUUUAACCGUCGCCCCCCUACCACCCCCCUCCCCUCCCCUCGAUUUAAAAAAAAUAAAAAAUAAAAGAAACGCCGUCAAGUUUAGGCGUCGUUCGUCCUCAGUGCGGUUUUCAAUACGCUUUGGGUGUUUGCGGCGAGGGCUCAGUGCUUGUACUUACGUCAGAAUCUUUAUUUUCUAUUAAAAAAAAAGAAGAAAUAAUUAUAAUAACAAGUGGGUCUGUAUGUGAGUCUUGCAUGCCAUUGUUCUUCUCUGUACUGGUGUCCCAAAAAAAAAAAAAAAAACAACCUACGUGGCAAGAUCACCCAUUUCUAAAGAGACAAGCAGCCCCUGCAGCUCUGACCAGGAACCACCAGCCUCAUCCAAAGAGACUGAACAACUUUACUUUACGAGCCCACGUCGUCCCAGGACGUCGUCCCAGGACGUCGCCCUCCGACCCGCGGGGGGGAGGAGGAGGGACAGUAGCCGUCAUUACGUCAAGUGGUGAAAAAAUGUUUUUACGCUGCUAGUGAAUCCUGCAGACGAGCGGCAGGCGGCAGGUGAAUGGGAGUGGAGCUCUUGUUUUUGUGACACUAAAAUGAAUAAAAGUAUAUAGAGCCUCGAGUCUGCAGGAUUCACGGCUUCCUGGAGUCACAGACGUCCCUCGGGAUGUCCAACAGUCCAUAAUGCCAUUGUGUUGCACAGUUAAAGUUGAAUUGCAGAAGUAUCAUAUUUGUAAAAAUCAUGAGAACAAAGACAAUAAAAUAAAAUUAUUAAGAUUUA